AUGAACGUGGCCACGGCUGAAGAAAACGUCGACGCUUCCGACUCUCGCAUAGCACGUAGCAAGACGAAACCUCAAGUCAAGAAGCACACCGCUGAAAUUUCAGGCCGACGCCUUGAUAGAGAAAAGCUGCGUCUCUCGACGCUCAAGAGCGCACAGCAGGAGCGUGAAGACUCGAGCGCACACCUCGUGAGCUCUUCGUCUUCUUCUGACGAGCAUUCGAAUUAUAGCAUUAAAAGUCAUUCAAGCAGUGAAAACGUAACAUAUCGUUGCAAAAAGAAUAAUGUGGUUACAAAACAGAGUGAUGAGGAGUACGAGGUUUCGGAACCUAUCGAUGUGGGAAAGUUUCGAUACCUCAAACCAGACGAGAUCCAAAAUGGCACGUUACCUGAUUACGAUUUUGCAAUUAUUGUAAAUCGCAAAGUGGAACUUUCGAGGUGUCUUGGACGUACAAUAAAUUGUAUCUGCUGUUGUUCUGGUGCAAGUGUCCCAUCCGUAGAUACUAUUACAGAAGUUACGCAUGAACGUUCAGGAUUCCGACGACUUUGUAUGACCGAAUCUCCCAUAUUAUGUGCAAGUGAAGAUGAACAUCGUCGGAUAGUUAAUAUCUUGUGUACACAAGGAUUAUUUGUUGAUAUUAUUGAUGGAGGAGAUUCGAAAGGGGAGAUGCACUCAGGGUAUCUGAUUUUACUCAUUCGAGCACCGGAUGCUGUAGUUUUGUCAUUAGUUAAGCAAUUUCGAACUCAAAUGUGGAUGGAUCAUGGUGCAGUUGUUGAUAUGGAGCAUGAUUUAGCACAGCGCCGUAAUGAACCCAUGACACCAGCUGAACGCAUUGAAAUUGUCGACUUUAUUAUUGAACAGCGUGCAAGAUUGUCAAAAAGUGAUGUUUGGAUUCAUGAUUUGUUUCCAAUGCACAAUCAAAGUGUCACAAAUACAUUAAUCCAUCGAUGGGUAACAUCGUGGCGACUUCAUGAAUUGGACGACAAAAAAGUCUUACGCUCUUUACGAUAUAAUUUUGGCGAGAAAGUGGCUUAUUAUUUUGCGUUCUUGAAAUAUUACAAUACUUGGCUUAUUCCACUAGCUGCUCUUGGAAUUUUACUUGAACUCUUGCGUGGGGUAAUUUCAAUGACAACCUACAUGCGGCUGCUACCUGUGUGGGGACUUGGUGUAUCAGUUUUGUGGGGAUUUGGCUUUCUUAAGUCCUGGGAGCGCGAAAAUGCUUGCAUGCAAUUUGAUUGGACUGGAAAGUUACAUGUUAAACAGAUUGAGUAUCGUAACAAGCACUUUUACGGUUACUCACGAGUAAAUGCUUUGACAGGUGACGUCGUGGUGGUGUAUCCAACAUGGCGACGAAUGUUUAAAUACUUUUGUGUAUUUCUCUUUAUGGUCUUGCAGUUGUUGAUUAUGUUGAUCCUCGUUGCAAGUUGGGUGACUAUCUAUGAAAUACUUAAAGCUACAUACAAGGAAAGUCAUAUUUUCUCGACGCAAUGGUGGCUCAUUUUGCUUGAAGGUUGUGUCUUUGGAUUCUUUGUUGACGUUGUUCAAUGGAAUAUGGUAGUUACGAAAAUGGGAGCAUUCUUUACGCAUUGGGAAAACUAUCGAACAGAAGAACAAUAUGAAAAAGCGUUAAUUCGAAAAUUGUUUCUCUUGGAUUUUUUAAAUUAUUAUACGUGGUUCUUUUCGCUUGCCUUUGUGUUUGUCAUUCCGGGACUUGGGAAUUAUUUGACCAAUACUUUUAAUCACAUGUUUUUUGGAGAUGCUAUCAAUUGCUGCUUUGGUCCUUAUGUGGAUCAACACGGUGCGUGUACUAUGUGUCCAGUGGGUGAGAAAGAUGCAACGUGUAUUGAAUGUGUUGGGUUCUUCACAUUUGAUCGCCAUCAUGUUGAUUUAGGCUCAAUGUUUGUUACGCCUAUUGUGAUUACACAAUCGCUGAAUAUUCUGCUGAGGUUAGUAGCUCCAAUUCUUGUACGCAAGCGUCGAGAAAAUGCUCAAGCACAUGCUGAUGCCUUAGCACAAGAGCGUGUUCGUAAUGCAGGGUCCUUAAAGAUUUUAGGCUCUUUGGACUAUGAAGAUCAAAAAAAGUCUCAAUUUGACAAUAAAUCAAGCUCACGAUAUCUUGAGUAUACGCCGUCGGAAAUCGAAGUCUUGAACAAGAAAGCACGGGAGAUUCUGUUUGAUAGUGAGCAAGAUACAUACGAUCCCGUCAAAGGACGUACGGAUGGGUAUCGACUGUGCAAGACAUUAAAACGUCCAAUUCCACGACGAGCGAAUGGUAUUGGAGCAUGGAAAGGCAUUUUGACUAUCUAUGCGUAUAUUGCCGUCAUUGUCAAUGUAUUGCUGAUUUGUAUCUCAACAGGUGUGUUAGAAUUUUUUGAUGAUGUUUGUGUACGCGAUAUCAAACAUCAACUUGAAAAAGAUGGAAAGAGUUUAGACGAUUUUGUAUUUGGACCGGAUUUUGGCUGUUUGCAUAUUGCUUGGCGUUUGUUAUUUAUCCUUUUGCUCGAACAUUUGUUUAUAGCAAUAUCAUAUGCAGGAAUGCAGCGAAUUUCGCAUGUACCUCGUUGGAUACAAGAUGUUAUGCGAUCACGAGAGAAUAAAUUUAAAACUUUACUGCGGGAACAUGAAAUGACUUUAUUUCCAUCUUGCGACAAUAAAGAGCUUAAACUUUCAGCUGGUAGUAAAGCUACAAAUGCUUUGCUUUCGGAAGCUGGUCGUAGUGAUAUGAUGCGAUUUUCAAGUGUCUCAACCCGUUCAUCUUCGACUCAAUUAUCAGCUUUAAACUCGACAACAAACGUUCUUUCUCACUCGAUCUUAAUUGAUCCUAUGACUCCAUUAUCACGUACACCAGAAGACCCUGUGAGUACAGGAGUCCGGACGAAAGCUCGUGAAAACUUAGCACGGCAGUGGUCAGAUGGCUCGGAUCACUAA